GGGCAAGGGUGUGUGUGCGGAAACUGACAGGUAGAGAGCGUCGCUGCCUGUCUCUCCAUGCAGCGCACACUUCUAACCACUCACCGCACUACCCUGAUUUAUUCCCUCGAUAUGAGCCUUCAACCACCGACUGUCCAGAGGGGGUUCGGUACUGACGGUGGACGGCGUGGCUGCGAAAAAACGGGAAACUAGUUAGGGCUGGGAAAUCAUACCCCCAUCGCCCGGCUUCCGGGGAUUCAGGGCUUGCAACGGCAGACGUCGGUGUUCGGGGAAGAAGGACAAACACCCGUCAUCAUUUCGACUAUUCACCUCUUGAACAGCCGCUUCCCGACUGGAGCAUUUUUUCGAGAUGUCCAGGAAGCUCCAAAGGACGGAGGUCUGCGCCGACUGCAGCGCUCCAGACCCGGGCUGGACCAGCAUCAACCGAGGGGUUCUGAUCUGCGAUGAGUGCUGCUCGGUCCACCGCAGCCUGGGCCGACACAUCUCCAUCGUGAAACACCUGCGGCACAGCGGCUGGCCCCCUGCACUGCUCCAGAUGGUGCAGACCCUGGCCAGUAAUGGGGCUAACUCCAUAUGGGAGCACAGUCUGCUGGACCCUGCUCAGGUGCAGAGCGGCCGUAGGAAACCCAACCCCCAGGACAAAGUCCAUCCCACCAAGUCUGAGUUCAUCAGAUCCAAGUACCAGAUGCUGUCCUUCGUCCACAAGCUUCCCUGCCGCGACGACGACGGCGUCACGACCAAGGACCUCAGCAAGCAACUCCACUCCAGCGUGCGGACAGGGAGCUUGGAGACGUGUCUGAGGCUGCUCUCCCUCGGAGCCCAGGCCAACUUCUUCCACCCGGAGAAAGGCACCACACCCCUCCACGUGGCAGCAAAGGCGGGCCAGAUCCUGCAGGCAGAGCUGCUGGUGGUGUACGGGGCGGACCCCGGCGCGCCCGACCUCCACGGGCGCACGCCCAUGGACUUCGCCAGGCAAGCAGGCCAGAUCGAGCUGGCAGAGCGGCUGGUGGAGUGCCAAUACGAGCUGACUGACAGGCUGGCCUUCUACCUGUGUGGCCGACGCCCAGAUCACAAGAAUGGCCACUAUAUCAUUCCACAGAUGGCAGACAGGGCUCGUCCUAAGUGCCCAACACAGAGCCUGGACCUCUCUGAACUGGCCAAGGCUGCCAAGAAGAAGCUGCAGGCGCUGAACAACAGGCUGUUUGAGGAGCUGGCCAUGGAUGUCUAUGAUGAGGUGGAUCGCAGAGAGAACGAUGCCGUGUGGCUGACGACUCAGAACCACAGCACCCUGGUCACAGAACGCAGCGCGGUGCCUUUCCUACCGGUCAACCCCGAGUACUCCGCCACACGGAACCAGGGUCGUCAGAAGUUGGCCCGAUUCAACGCGCGAGAGUUUGCCACGCUCAUCAUCGACAUCCUGAGCGACGCCAAGAGGAGACAGCAGGGGAAGGGUCUCAGCAGCCCCACUGACCCACUGGACCUGGGCAUCGACGACGACGACGACCAGCACGACUACGACAGCGUGGCCUCCGACGAAGACACGGACAGCGAGCUGACCGCCCAGAACAACAACAACACCCAGCGCAACAACCGAGCCAAGAGCAUGGACUCGUCAGACCUGUCGGACGGCCCCAUCACCCUGCAGGAGUACCUGGAGGUGAAGAAGGCCCUGGCCUCCUCAGAAGCCAAGGUCCAGCAGCUGAUGAAGGUCAACAACAACCUGAGUGAAGAGCUCCGGAGACUCCAAAAGGAGAUCACACGGAUGCAGACGGAGAACAGUUCGCUGCGGGUGGGCCAGCAGGCUGGGGGGCCCGCCGGCCACGGGGGUCCGGGUGGUGGCGGAGGAGGCCACUGGUCUGGGGGUGGGACCAAGGCAGGGUUAGGAGGAGGAGGAGGAGGUGGUGGAGGUGGUGGAGGGAUGGGCGGUGUAGGGUCCGGCGGGGACCCCGCAGGGCUUUACUCCCAACCCCACCCCCACCGGAGGGACCGCCAGGCCUUCUCCAUGUACGAGCCCGGGGCCGCCCCUGGCCCCAAGGCACACGGCCCCCCAGCCCUGGACGCUCAUCUAGCCCGCCUGCAGCCCCUCAACACAGCUAGCACAAGGAAGGUCCCUGGUGGUCCUUCACCCUAUGGGGGUCAUCAUCUGUCUGCCUCCUCAGAGAUGGGCAGCAGAUACACGGGCUCCAGGUUGGAGAGGCACGGCAGCGGUACGGACAGCGACUACGACAACACGCAUGUCUACGACGUGUCCCUGAGCAUGGGUCGCAGCAGCGAGGAGGACGGGCGCGGGGACUCUGAAGAGGGUGGGGCGGGCGACGCGGCCGACCCCACCCUGCCGUGCACGGAGGACGUCAUCCUGAAGACGGAGCAGGUGACCAAGAACAUCCAGGAGCUGCUGAGGGCCGCGCAGGAGGGGAAACACGACAGCUUUGUCCCGUGCUCAGAGAAGAUCCACUCUGCCGUCACUGAGAUGGCCUCGCUCUUCCCAAAACGUCCGGCCCUGGAGGCGGUCCACUGCUCCCUGCGGCUUCUGGCCUCCAGCGCCUCCCGGCUGCAGGUGGAGUGCCGCAAGGCGGCCCCCGUGGACCCAGGGGCCCCGGCCGUGGACUACCAGCUCCUCACGCAGCAGGUCAUCCAGUGCGCUUAUGACAUUGCCAAGGCUGCCAAGCAGCUGGUCACCAUCACCACCCGGGAGAAGAAGCAGUGACACGCGCAUGGGGAGAGAGUGAGUGAGAGAGAGUGAGUGAGAGAGAGUGAGAGAGAGAGAGAGAGAGAGAGAGAGGAGGUAGGGGGUAUAGGUGGAUGGACAGAUAGACGGCUGGAGUGGGUGAGAGGGAGGACAGGUGCAUGAUUACAAGGUGCGGGUCCAGAGGCAGACUGGAGGAGACGCGAUGGAGGACCGAGAGGGGACUGACGUAGAGGGGGCUACAUGGAGGGAGGGGUUGGGGGGGACGAGAAAGCCAAAGGAAAGAGCCAGAAGAGUCCCUGUGAAGAGAUGUAGAAAUAUUUUGACCAAGUCAGAAACAGGGGAGCGAGAGAGCUGGGGGCCGGGGGGGUUCCGAUGGGGCGGCAGCGUUUGCAAUGGUGGGUGAAUGUUGUUUGCGGUGGACCCCGGGAGUGGCGCGCACCAUACCGCCUCGAACCGCCAUGGGAGAACACGGCAUACGCUCAAUUCAGAGCAACGUGAUUGGUCCAACGCAGAUCUUUUUAUUUAUUGAAUUGCUUUUCCCUCUGCAAUCCCUCUGCGACCACACACACAGACACACAGACACAUACACACCCUGGGAUAAAUACACCAUACCCUCCCAUUUAGGACCUCGAGAGGAAUAUUCCUCCUCUUCUCUCUUUGUCUCGGUCUCCAGUGAAUUGAGUGCAGCAGAAACAAGUCCUUCUCUAUGCUCUUGACCCGCUGUCCAGACAGGAUGUGGCAGGGUUUCUUUGCACAUCGUGAAGCCCCCCCCUCCCACUUUAACGACCAGAAUCAAUGGAUUCUCCAGAUCUCCCCCGCCCUCCCCCUUGGUAGAGGGAACACAGCAUAACGGCCAUAUUCCUCAUUUUACUAUUCCUUUGAUUCUUUUCGACUUUUAAUUUUGUUAUUUUUUCUUUUCUUUUGUUUUGUCCAGAUCACUAAGGACAGCAAAAUUACUGACUUGUAAAAAGAAAAAAAAAACACUUACACUGGAAUAAUUUUUGCUUUAUUGUUGUUUCUCAUGCCUUUUUUUCUUUUUGUAUUGUUGAUGUUCCUACAUUUGUUUUCAUGAUUUAACCGUUUUUUUGGUUUAAUUUUAUUGACUCGGCGAUGAUCCUAAUUCAGCAGAAACGGACACACAUACACACACACACACACACUAACCUGUGAAGCCCUCCUGGACACUUCCCAAGCACUCUUUCUUUUCCGAGUGACAGAUGAGUAUUAUGUUUCUAUUGAUUUGUAUUUUCUGUUGUCAUGUUUCUUCCGAGCCUUUCACAUUGGGAUGUUUCAAUGGCCAAUGGAGUUGAACGGUUGCCUGAGCUUGGAGCUCACUAUUGUUUGUUUUCAGUUUGACACAUUAUGACACAACGCCCCUAGGGGCCUCAAUUCUCCUUACCUUUUACUAUUUUAUUUUCGGGGCGUGCACUUGGUUCACCACACAAACCUGCCUGACUUAUCAGGACCAGUGGGGUCAUCUCAGUCCAACCCACCCGGCCUCCCCUCGUCCCAGCGCUGUGUUUCAGACCAGAAUGCCAGUUACAGUGAACGGACUAAACAGAAAAAGCUCUGGGGAAGAAAGACACAGAGAGACGGCUCGCGUGCUUCAGCAUGCACGCAUCUCCAGUCGGCGCUGAACACUGCAGCCUUGUAUUGCAUGUUUUCAGUGAAUGUUCAGCCACACAGUAGACCGGUACACUACAGUAGUGAGCUGCUAUAUUAGCUUCAUUAUAGACUGGGUCCAUGUCCUUGAAACCCACUGAUGACGUCUGAUUUUACGGCUUUAUUAUGAAAGAGAUGGAGAGCGUCUCAACAUGCCCACUGGCAGACCAUUGUUUUCACAUGUUUCAAAUGCUUCAACUGCUCAGGCUGGUUAGCCUUCUUACUUUCUAGUGUCGCAAUCAAAGGGCACGCUCCAUCAAGCUAGGUUUGUUUUUGGGUUGCUCGGCACAGAAGGAAGUGUACUGUUGAUCAGGGCCCUCCCGGUAGUCCCGCCCACCCGGUCAUCUCUAACCUCUGCCAAUGGGAGACAGUAUUGGGAGCUCAAUAUUUCCCAGACAAUGUGUUUUGUUAGUUUUCUCUUUUAAAUUAAAGGCUCAGCACUUAGCCUAACACGGGGUCAACGAUCGCCGUCACUUCUGUUACCGGCCGUAAAGGGUCCAAUCGAUCUGCCUACGGGGGACGUCGUCCUCUGAGGAACUGUCCUACUCUGAACCCAUGCUUCUUGUUGGCCUGCGGGUGUUUUUACUUCUCUGAGGGCCGAUUCCCUUAAGUGGUCCGUGGCACAGUAGGAUCGCUUCAGUUCUUUGCGUCGGGGCGCCUCGCUACACUAUCUGUGUAUUUGCUUUGUUCAUGCAACUAUACAGGGGACCACAAGAGCCACUGGGCUGUUUCUCAGUCUGGUCACACACACACACACACACCCCUUGUUACAGGGUGUCGGACGAAUCGAUUUGUCGGCAUAUUGGUUGUCAGCCCUUAUUCCCGAGUCGAUGCAAAUCAUGCGUAAGAGACUGUAGUGAAAUGCAACGUUAUUGGGUUUGCCUUUGCACAUCAUCAUCUCCUGUUCGACUGGCUCGGCUCCAGCCAUGUUGUACCGUCUGCUGUAAGAGACACGCGCACAGGUGCACAAACAUACUAAACACACUAAACACACACAGCGGGGCCAGUUGCCAGCUGUCAUUCAGCGUCGCCAGAGUUCUAGACUAGAGCCAUAUAUAUGUAUAUGGAUAUAUGAACCUGUUUUUCAUGAUAUAUUUUAUAUUAAGCUAUAUGUUAGGAUUAUGUUUGUAAGAUAUUUAUGUCUAAAGAGUGUUUUGCCAAGGCUCCAGGCAGUGGGAUCUCGGCACCCGUUCUCCAGUCAAACAGUGGACCCAGGCAGCCAUGCACUUGAUCGUCUAGCGCGUGUGUGCGUUUAAUAUUGCCUUUGCCCUCUGCCAUCUCGUCCCCUCGUUGCAUUUUUGUACAUUGAGCAUUAAAAUGACUUUUUUUCUUUUUUUUUUACAAUGGAACAAUUCAUUCUGCGCAUGAUACUGGCAUGAACAAAGCAGAGAGGUAGUGGCCUCUGUGCGCUUGGGAUCAUUUCUUACUGUCGAGGGGUUUGAUAAAUACACUACUAAGAAACAUUUUGGGCGACACUUUAAUUUCUGUGCGUUUUGUUCUCCGCCGUGCAAAGGACACGGGGCGCGUAGCGGUGGGCCUUUGGGAUCAGAGCAGGAGGGAAUGUCCGAAGCACAUUCAGGUAUCGCUCUACAAUCAUCUCAGUCAGCGGUAGGGGGAGGCCAUACUGCACAGGGUCUGGACCCCCCCCAAAACACCUUAGUGGACACUACGUAGGGUGCCCCAAGGGAGGAGAAUGUUAUGUUUUGCUUGUGGCCCGCCCAAUGUCUCGCACACUUGCUACACAAAGAACGCAGACUAGAGCGCAAAACAUACAUUCUCUUUCUCUCACACACACACACACACACACACACACACACACACACACACACACACACACACACACACACACACACACACACACACACACACACACACACACACACACACACACACACCUCCAAAGCCGCCCACAAGUACAUGAAUUCCUACCAACACUUGCAACCAGCAAGCCAUGCUUAUUAUUUGCGUGCGUGCAUGCAUAUACACACAGACUGACGAGCAGGCGAUGUCCAGCCCUUGGCAGUGGGCUGUACGCUCUACGUUCUCACAGCUCUACAAGUUGGGAGAGGCACAGAAGAGUUGUUUUAACAUGUUUAAAACUGUAUAAAGUAGAGAAAAACAAUUACUUAAUAAAAAAAAAAAAAAGGUAAACCGUAAUGGAAACUCAUAAGCUGUACAUUUGUAAUAAAAUAAUAAAACAAUGUAAUGGUUGUAUUGAUUUGUUUGCUGCUGCUGGGACCUGUUAGUUGUGUUAUAAGCUUCAGCACUUAUUGGAAAAACAACUUGCUGAUUGGCCGCUUUCAGCAGAAUAUUUAAUAUAUUUUGGGAGCAGACUGAAUAUAUUUUGUCUCGUGAUUGUGUUUCCACAUUAGUUUUUUGUGCAUUUAGGGAAAUGCAAUCGUGCACCCUCGAGUUCACAUUGAUGUGAUGGGGAGGUACAAAUGCAGGCAGCCCUGUGAAAUCUGCGUCACAACGUUGAUCUUUGUAAGUGGGCUGUAUGUGGAACUGAACCCUGCUUUACUGAGAAUAUGGUUCUAUUCAAAACAAGUAGCAGCGAUGAUAGACAAAAACAAAUCAUGUUAUUGCAAAUUGAAGAAAAUACUAAAUGUAUUAAAAACUUUUAAUAACUUCACUUUUCAGGGAAGGUAGGGUGUGCUGAGAUCCAUGUGUGACUCCAGUGAAUUUGGCAUUUCAGAGUGAAUUUUGUUAUCUGAUUCCCACCAGGACGCAUUAACUGUCGUGUGUUGAUGCUCCCAGAUCAGAUUAACGUGGCGAUCCGAUGUGCCGGGUUGCAUACGGGAUGCGAGCCAGACUGCGCAGGGAUCCGAUCAGACCCCACCUACCCUACUUUAGUGUUUGUACCAUCAGCUGAUAGCCUCUUUGUUUUGACAGUGUUGCUUACAUCGUCCACCUAGCAAAUCCUACACAGAUAAAAAAAAUUGAAAUAUAAAAACAGCAUUAAAUCAUUACCAAGCUCAUCCAUUGUAAAAAA